GAGCGGGACCCGGAAGACCAAGACCCAAUUCGGCUUGGCGCCUGCAUCUGUGCUCUUGGCAUCCUGAGAUGUUCGCCGCGGCGGCCGGAGCCUGGUGCACGGGACGUGAAGUCCGGCGCUCGGAUCGACUGAAGUGGGCGAAAGUAUUUGAAGCAUGCGAUGAAGAUAAAAAAGGCUAUCUAAGCAGAGAAGACUUUAAAGUUGCUGUAGUAAUGCUGUUUGGGUACAAACCCACAAAGCUAGAAACAGAUUCUGUUAUGACAAACACUUCAGGUAUGUGCCUUGAAGAAUUUAUAAAACUCAUGGAGAAAAAGAAGACAGCCCAACUCUAUCAGAAUGAGACAAGACAGAUCUUCACAGCUUUUGACCGGCAAUAUCGUGGAUUUUUAACUUUGGAAGAUUUCAAAAAAGCCUUCGAACAAGUGGCCCCCAAGCUGCCAGAAAGGGUUGUGCUUGAAGCUUUCAGGGAGGUAGAUCAGGACUCAGAUGGACAUGUCAGCUUUAAAGACUUCGAAUACGCAAUGAACUAUGGUCAAAAUGAAGCAGAAAUAUCCGAAUCUACUUAUGCCAAAUUCCAGAAGGCAAGGGAUUUUAACUUGGGAUCAACACAACGUCCGGCGUUUUGAGAAACUGCUUUCAAGGCUGUUGUAAAAUUUAUCCUGUUCUUAAUAGAUUAUAAAUAUAUAAUUGAGUCUGUUUUCAUGUUGAAUCAUUCCAAUUUACCAAUAAUAUCACUUUAAUUAUGCA